AUGAACCCAGAGAACAUAGCCCUGAUUCCCCUUAAUGCUGAGAUUGAAGUCCAGGUGGCUACAGGGUUCAUAGGUCAUCCAAGAGCAGACUUUUACUCCUAUAUGGGUGUUCUCACAGACACACUUUGCCAAAUCAACUUUGACAACAUAAAAGGACAAAAAGAUAUAAUGAUGGUUCGCGACAAGACAUCAGCUCAAGAAAAACUGAACAACAUAGCUCUUCCUACAAGAUCAGAAAACAUCUAUGAAACUCUAGAAUAUGUCAAACUAGAAGGGUUUUCCAAUCCAUAUGAAUUUACCAACCUCAUUCCAUCAUCAGAAUCUGGUUACGUAAUGAAGAUGGCAGCACCAAGCAUUUAUGAAGGUCGCGAUAGUUAUCUCCAUAUUGGUACACCAGUCUCUACAGACAAUGAAAAUGAUGUAACCCAAAUGAAGGCUUUUGUAGAAGAUGAGAAGCCAAAUGUUCCUGAAGCAGCAGAUGAGGUGGGUGAUGAUCAAUCUGAGGAUCCACAUAAAGGAGACAAUCAGAGUGCAAGUGAUGCAAAUAUCUAUGAUAAUUCACUUAAGGCAGAGUCAGCACCUGUGAUGGCUGAACUAACCAAGAAGAUGUUUGGAAUGAGAAAUGAGCAGAAUGUUGCUAUGGUAACAGAGUUGACACAACUGAUUAAGAAACAUGACGAUUCAUUUGAAAAUCUUCCAGAUAUUUCUGUAAAAAGCAGAAGCCCAGGAAUUCCAUUGUCAAACCAGCAAAGUCCUACCAUGGGCCCACAGAGUCCCAACUCAGACCAAAUUAGUUUAACUUCAAACCCUCAAAGUCAUAUUAGGGACCCAAAUAGUCCUUUUAUAGACCAAACUAGAAUCACUCCACAUGGUUCUGACACAACCCAACCAAGUCAGGCCAUAACCCAAUCAAAUCCCAUCAAGGACCAACAAAGUCCCAUGAUAAGCCCACAGGGUUCUAUCAUAGACAAAGCAAGUAAGACCAUAACUCAAUCAAAUCCCAUCAAGGACCAACAAAGUCCCAUGACAAGCCCACAGGGUUCUAUCAUAGACAAACCAAGUCAGACCAUAACCCAAUCAAAUCCCAUCAAGGACCCACAAAGUCCCAUGACAAGCCCACAGGAUUCUAUCAUAAACAAAGCAAGUAAGACCAUAACCCAAUCAAAUCCCAUCAAGGACCAACAAAGUCCCACGACAAGUCCCAUAGACCAGCCAAUUCAAAUUGAAAAUCGAAGGAGUCCUAUCAUGACCCAACAAAGCCUAGACUCAAGCUCGCGCACCCCACCUAAACCAGCCCCAAAACCCAGAGUUUCAAAACAUCAAAGAGCAAGCUGGCCAUUACAACAACAAGCUCCAGUUAUUGUUGAAGAUGAAAGGUCAAGUGCAACUCCAACUGAAGCAUCCCAAGCUAUGCCAGAGACAGAAGAUGUUACAGCAAAUAUCAGACCAGCUGUGAAACCAAAACCUAACUUUAAAAACAAGAAACCAUCAGGUAGAAGCCCGGUAUAUGAAAAUGUUCAAAUACUGAGAUCAACAAAACCUGUCAUUGAAACUGACACGGAACACGACAGAAUCCAGAAAAUGGUUGUAGAAAAUGAGCAGGCCACUGUUCCAUCUGAGAGUCCCUCCGAUGAUGAUUAUCCAGAACUUGUAAAAUCAACCAAUCAAGCUACAGGGCCUCAUCCUGGGAUUCACUUGGAUGACCAACUGCAUCUUGAUGAUGUCCCAAGGGAUCUGUCAUCUUUAAGUCUACAGCAAGUGGGACAAUGUUUACAGCAGCUUAAUCUUGAAAAUUACAUUCAGGUUUUUGCGGAGAAUCUUAUUGAUGGAGACUUCCUGAUGUCUCUAGACCAAAGUUUACUGGAGACAGAAUUCAAAAUGGGCCGAUUAGAAGUACGACGUUUAAUGAAGUUUAUCAAAGAGGGAUGGAGACCUAAAUCUGAUGAUGGCAAUAAACCAUGAAUUUAAAUAACUGUUGCUUAAUUCUGAGUAUUGAACUAUUGAGUCUGCUUUCAGUAUUCAUGUUGAACAUGCAUAAACUCUCAACCAAUAAGCUUAUAAAGUAAAUCCAGUAUAGUACUUGAGUCUGCAUUAUAAUUCAAAUUAGAGUAAUGAUAUCAUGUCUAAUUGCUUUUUGCAUUUUUGUAUGAAUAAAAUAUUGUAAGAUACUUAA